GAAGAAAGCUCACUGUUUUGCUGCGUGGGUAACGUUUUGGGAGUUGUUGAUUUUUUUUUAACCCAUAAUUGAUUUGUUUUGUUUUUUUUACACCAUUUUUUUUCUGGGUCGUAGACAACUCUGGCAUCUUCUCGACGUCGUUGCUGCGCUUCACAUCGUACAUCGCAUUCGCUCGUUUUCAAACUCUUUACGGAAAUCCGUUGUGGCCUCCAUACGAAACGGCGCUGGAGCAACCGCCAAUCAGAUUCGCCUUCACCGCUCGAGCAGCUUAUCAUUGUUGAUCCUAGUAUUCGCUCCUCUUCAACUGCCGCACGAUGUGUGGUAUUUGCCUCUUAAUUCGCCAAAAAAUGGCCAUAACUGCCCGUGCACAGGAAAGUGGCGCGAAAGAGAGGUCCACGUCGUCUUCGUACAGGACGGCUCACGGAACGUCGCCGCUACCACCAGCACCCUCUACGCUUCCCGUUGAGGAGCAAGUGGAUGCACAGUCCUGUGCACUGGUGCCUACGUCUCCCGACGCGUGCCGCUUGACCCCGUGCACCUGCGCCGUCGCUGGACUGGAUGUGAAGAGUUUCCUCAGCAACUCCGACGCAGCCAACGACCUCUUGACGGAGCUCAUUCGAAACCUGCGGCGACGCGGUCCCGACACGUACGGCAUGACGCGGCGUUCGUUUGUGACCUCGUGUCACACCCUUGCUGAUCGUCAUCUGCCAGCUCUCUUGCAGGCCAAGACGUACGAGGGUCAACACGGCAGCGUUGGCUCGUCCCCCUCUUCGUUGUCGUCAUUGGCGAACGGCGCGGUAGCGCUGCGGACGGAAGUGGCGGGCGUGGCGUCGGUACUCGGCCUGCGUGGUCACUCCACCGUCGCACAGCCCUAUGACAUGAACGUCGCGACGGACGCUGAGGACGACCGCCAGGCUAACUCGUGGGACUUUCGCUCGUCAUUGAUGUGGAACGGCGAAAUCUUUGGUGGCUCGCUGUGCCCGCCCCCGUGGGGCUCGGACACAGUGCUGCUGGCGACGCGGCUCUCGCAGAUGGAACUGGAGUGCGUACGCCUCACCGUCGACGACGCAGUAGGGACAAGCAGAGGCGACGACGAGGCACAUCCGCAGCCCGUUCUGCUCCCCCUGGUGGAGCGUCAGCGUGCCUUCUUGCGCAAGUGCACGAUGUUGUUUGAGCAACAGGUGGAGGGACCGUACUCGUUUAUCUUCCUCGCUACGCGGCUGCGUCUCGCCGUAUUUGGGCGGGAUCCGCUCGGUCGUCAUUCCCUCCUCUCGCACGUGCGCGUCACGCGGCCCAUCAGCGGUGGCGUCGCGGCGGAGGAGUUGGACGUAGAGCUGAUUGUCUCCUCCGUUGGCGUCCAACACCACCACCCAGGUGCCUGCAAGGAACGGGAAGGAAGCAAGACGGAAGAGCGGAAUCGACCCCCUACACCCACGACGCCGUCGCACAUACACGACGGCACAGAGGGCAAUUCGAAGGGGAGAGAGGGAGAUGCACCGUUGUCGUCGUCUUCCGCCCUUUCCACAGUCCAUAUAGAGAGUAGCGGCGCCCUUUUAGAUGAGCAAGCGGAAGAGUCACCGGGCACCACUGCCAUCACGAUCACAGCUGCGGCGCCCGGGUUCCAUGCCCGCUCUUACAACAAGCGCCCACGACAUGAGAAGCGCACCGCGAUGUCAAAGGGCGCGGCAAAUAUGGAUGCUGUUGCGGCGUCAGCGGCGGCCGCUGCCGUGGAUGAGGAAGAGGAUGGUGAGGAGGUUGGCGGUGCUGCAGAGGGUGCCACGUGUGGAGUGGAGGGACAACAGGAGGUAUGUUGGCAGGAAGUAGGCGUCACAGGGCUGUUUGCCGUCCCGCUGCAAGCGCCGCUGAUCUAUGGCGACCUUGCCGCCUUCCACCCGCACGACGGAGCUGGCGUGAAGGAAAGCGGAGGUGUCCCUAGCACCACCGGCGCCGAUCGACUCCACCCUGUGUGCGUCUCUUCGACGGCGAGAGAUUCGAUAGACAACGCCGGUGGUGCGACGAUGGUGUGUGGGGCGAACGUGCUGCUACUGCAUUGUCCCUGGCAUCACACCUAUCACCUUGUCCACCCGCUGCUGCGGACGGCAACGCUACCGAUGGUGCCGCACGAGCCCCCGCCGUUCGAGCUCGUCCUCGCCCACGAGGAGAUCGCCGUGCUGCCGGAGCCGCUGCUGCGGUGGGCGAGCCACCUCAUGAAGAGCAUGCAGCCCGACGGAGGGCUCAUCCAAAGUUGGGUGGACUGGGCAGCGGCACAUUACAUGCUGGCCCUCGCCGUGUCCAUGCACCGCCGCAUCACCGUCGCCAACUCCGGCGCGGCGGACGGGCGGGACGCACAGGAGCUCUCAACAGCUCGCCGCCGCCCCUUGUGCAUCCUCUUUUCGGGCGGCAUCGACUGCACGGUGAUUGCGGCGCUGGCACAUUACAUUCUGCCGGUCGAGACGCCGAUUGAGCUCGUGAACGUGGCGUUUGGCGACAACCCCGCGGAGGCGCCGGACCGCAUCGCGGCCUUCCGCUCAACGGAGGAGCUCUUGCGCCUGCCAUUGCUGAGCACCUCCCGCAGCAGCGGCGAUGCGACGGACGCGGCCGCGACGGCGGAACGGGAGUGGCGGCUGGUGCUGGUGGAUGUCCCGUCGAAAGCAACGUUGGAUAGCGCGCAUAUCAAGGACUUGCUGGUGCCGCAGCACACUGUGAUGGAUCUCGACAUUGGCACGGCGUUGUGGCACGCCGCCCGCGCAACCGGUCGGAUGCAAAUCUUGAAGCGCAGUGACGUGGACGGGGCGGCGGCGGCGGGCGGAGAUUCCUCCGAUGGCACACUGCCGAUGACGGCAACGGGAAGCCCCACGACGGCAACGACGACGACCUCCACGUCGCUCACCGCGCUGCACGUUGGGGGAGUACGAGGUAGUCCGAGGGUGACGCUGGACGGCUUUUCGAAGCACUUCCGGGCCUACGCCGGUGCCACGGCGGCGGGUGCGGGUGGACCGUGGGACGGGGCAGGUCCAGCCGAUGCGCCCUUUCCUGGCCCCACUGCCUCGUCUUCGGCCAACGCGAGCGCCGUGGUGACCUCAGCUGCGCCGACCCCCAGCCCACGCUGUGGCGUCACGACCGCAACAAGCGCAUCGCUGCCCUUCGGCGCUCAAGGCGCAGAGGAGGUGGCAAAUACCCAGAAGUAUCAAAUUCUGGUGGACGUGUUGGUGAAGGAGGGCCGCAGCGGCGGUGGCCCGCUGACGCCCGUGCUGCUCUCCACACUGGGCAAGGAGUACAGCCUCUUUUUGCAACCGCACAUCAAGCGCUACGGUUACAAAAAGCUGGGCGGCUUUCUGAACGACGCGGCGAAGGCGGGGUAUAUUAAGUUUGUGCCGGACGCCCUUUCGAAAGCGGUGCGGCUUUGCCGGGCAGCGGAUAUGGAGAGAGCGGCAGCAGUGCGGCCGAGCCCGUGGUUCACAACGGUGUACAUGCAGGCACAGGAACCGACCCUCAAUGCGAGCGGCGUGCGGCAGCCGGCGCUGCCCUUCCCGGGGACGUUUUUCCAAUCCUACGCGUCGCACGCGAAGGUGCUGCUGCUCGGGAUGGGCGCUGAUGAGACCCUCGGCGGGUACACCCGCUACCGUCGUUUCUUCCAGCGCGAGGGCAUGGUCGGCGCACAGCGCGAGCUGGAACGUGACUUUGCGCGCCUGUGGCAGCGUAACCUCGGCCGAGACGAUCGGGUUACUAUGGACAGCGGACGCGAGCCGCGCUUUCCAUUUCUGGAUGAAGGCGUCCUGCGUACGCUGGAGUGGAUUAUACUGAAGCGGCGCAAUAACAUCCUGGUGUCGCAGGAGCAUCUUCGUGGCGCCUGUGAGAGCGGCCGCCGCGGGGGCGUUGGAAAUGGUGGGACGUCGCUGCCUGGUGCACCGACGUCUUCGCUUGCCACCGGGACGGCGUGUCGCAGCGGGGCUGCGGGAGACAACGGCGGCAGCAGUAGCAGCAGCAUCAAUAGUGCGGCCGCCGUGGCUGCGCCGUUGACGCACGACGAACUCCUGCGCCUUGCAUUGGAGCCCAUCGUGAGUUUUCGUCUUCCACCGGGCGACGGGGAUAAGCGGGUGCUGCGCCGUGUGGCGAGUGUGCUGGGACUGAAUGACGUGACGCACCUGCAGAAGCGUGCGAUCCAGUUUGGGUCCCGCAUCGCGGAGCGGAAGAUCAAAGGUACGAUGGACUUCUGA